GGGGAGGGGGUGGGGGGCGGGCGCAGAGGACGGCGGGGCCGGCCGGACACCCACAAACACCGCGGCCUCCCGCGGCUCAUCCCCCGCGUCCCCACUCGCCUCCUCCCCGGGAGCGCCGCGAGCAGCAUCCUCUGCGGACCCUCGCGCCUCCUUCCCUCCCUCCUGCCUCUCUCCCGGCCAGGGUCGCCCCGCGCCCGGGAACUUUCUCGGCCAGUGCCCGGGAGAGUCAGUCAGUCGCGGGGUGACAGCUUAGCCCCCGCCCCGGGUGGGUUUCUCUGGGGGGUGCAUUGCAAGUGGGGGUCCCGGAGAGCCCUUGCCACCCACCCACCCCAGCUUUGCCAGCCUUGUCCCCCUGUGGGCCAGCCGUCGGGUCUCCGGUGCAGCCCCUCUCCCUCCCCUUGUCCCCCCUUACCAUGACCGAAAUGAGCGAGAAGGAGAACGAGCCAGAGGACGCGGCCACUCACAGCCCCCCUGGGUCCAUCUCUGCCCUCCAAGAGACCAAGCUCCAGCGGUUCAGGCGUACCCUGUCCCUCAAGACCAUCCUCCGAAGUAAGAGUGUGGAGAAUUUCUUCCUUCGCUCGGGCUCGGAGCUCAAGUGCCCCACCGAGGUGCUGCUGACACCCCCCACCCCAGUGCCCCCUCCCUCCCCACCCCCAGCAGCCACAGAGGGGGGUCUGCCCACCCCAGUCCCCUCUCCCUGCCCAGCCCCCCGCCCCCUGGCACCACUCAAACCCCUGAGGCUGCACAGCUUCCAGGAAUACGUCUUCAAGCGUGCCAGCCCCUGUGAGCUGUGUCACCAGCUCGUCGUGGGCAACUCCAAGCAGGGCUUGCGCUGUAAGACUUGCAAAAUCAGCGUCCACCUCUGGUGCUCUGAGGAGCUCUCACACCAGCAAUGCCCUGGCAAGAUGUCCUUCCGCCGCAACUUCAGUUCCCCACUCCUGGUGCACGAGCCACCACCAGCGUGUGCCACAAACAAAGAGUCGCCACCUGUGGGAGCCAGCGAGAAGAUGGAUCCCGUCUAUGAGACCCUGCGCUACGGCACCUCCUUGGCCCUGAUGAACCGCUCCAGCUUCAGCAGCACUUCCGAAUCCCCGACGCGGAGCCUGAGCGAGCGGGAUGAACUGGCCGAGGAUGGCGAGGGCAGCAUCCGCAGCUCAGAAGAUGGCCCUGGAGACAGCGCAGUGUUCGCAGCCCCAGCAGAGAGCGAAGGAUCAGGCCCAGAGAAGAGCCCUGGACAGCAGCCCCCCAAACCUGCCCUGCGGAAGGAAGUGGGGCCCAUGUACUCCUACGUGGCGCUCUACAAGUUCCUGCCUCAGGAGAACAACGAUCUUGCUCUGCAACCUGGAGACCGGAUCAUGCUGGUGGAUGACUCGAACGAGGACUGGUGGAAGGGCAAGAUUGGCGACCGGGUUGGCUUUUUCCCAGCCAACUUCGUACAGCGAGUGAGGCCAGGUGAGAACGUUUGGCGAUGCUGCCAGCCCUUCCCUGGGAACAAGGAGCAGGGCUACAUGAGCCUGAAGGAGAACCAGAUCUGUGUAGGCGUGGGCCGGAGCAAAGACGUUGAUGGCUUCAUCCGCGUGAGCAGCGGCAAGAAGCGGGGCCUGGUGCCGGCAGAUGCCCUGACCGAGAUCUGAGACGACCCCAGGGAAGCCAGAAGCAUUUCCUCCCCAUCCUGCUUGUGGCCCUGGCAGGGGCUCCUGGCUCUCCCCUCUGCAUAUCAUCUAGGGGAGCUCAUUUGGCCUGGGGCCUUCUGCUGCAGGAAGGUUUUAUUUUUUUGAGGGGUGGGGGACACCCCAAGGAAGAAGUUGCUCCUCUGGGACGUCAGGGAGGAGAAAGUGGGAGGGAGUGGGGAAGCUCCAAGGAGGUCCCAUGGGGGCUCAGGGACCCCCCCAAUCCAGUGGCAAUUCUGAGUCCAGCCCUGGGGGUUGUUCAUGGGACACCCCCCAACUGCUGCUUCCUGAGUCUCCCUGUAUCCCUUGCAUGUGCCCUCCUGGCCCCACAGAACCCCUGCUUGGGUCUAUGUGUGUGACCCUCGGCUGACCUCUGGGGAGUGGCCUGCAGGGUCCCUUAGCCCUCCAAGCCAUCAAUUCUCAGGAAAGUUCUGCGGGUACCGCUGCUCCAUUACUUGAAACCUGGCAGACCUGGAGGGGCUCAGGGAAACUGUCCCCCUCAUGAGGACCAGUGCCCCCUGUCGGUCACUAAGGGACAGCCAAGAGCAGGCCCCAGGGAGAGCACAAAGCUGGCACGUGCUCAGUCCAGUAGCCCCAUUUUGCUGUUGGGACCCCAAAAGACCCCAGAGGCAGGACCCCCAAACUGGGGGCCCAGGGCUGCCCAUUUCCGGCCUGGACUUUGGUGACCUCCCAGGUGACUGGCCCUGGUGAUGACC